AUGCCAAGAGAAGCCGAAAAGCGUGCCUUCAAAGCCAACAAGGCAUGUGUGCCCUGCCGGGUACGCAAGAUCAAAUGCGAUGCCACCGUGACUGGCCUUCCCUGCAGCAGCUGCACCAGUAGGGAGUGUGCCAAGGACUGUGUUCUACCGGUCCGUAAGGGUCGGACCAGGAAAGUGAAACAUGUUUCACCGAUUCCUCGCCAUUCGGCUCAACCCUCCACUUCCGAUCUUCUGGACGGCCAAAGAUCACAUCAGACGGAGCCAGAUCUGCUCUACCUCAACAUCCUCAAUGACGCCGGCGAACAAACAGCAGAAUUCAGUCGAUCCUACCCUACUUCCAUCAGCCUCCACCGUCCAAGCUCCGGGGACAGUUUUACUCCUCGGAACUGCUUAUGGACGAAGCUACCCCACUUGGACGAUGUUGACCAUCAAUAUCUUGUCAAGAAAGGUGUCUUUGAUCUACCUCCCUCGCAAUACCUAGAUUCCCUCAUAAAGACAUACUUUGACCACGUCUACCCGUUUGCUCCUGUAAUCAAUAGAGUCGAUUUCAUUCGCGGUUUUCAGUCUGGCGACUGCUCGCUGUUCCUGCUCCACGCCAUAUUGACGCCGGCUAGUGUCCAUGCGCCAGAAGACGUACUAUCUGCCUGCGGGUUUGCCAACCGUUCCGCCGCGCAAGAGUCGUUCUUCUCCAAGGCCAAGCUUCUCGACGACUUUGCCGCUGAGAACGAUCCUUUGCUGAUGCUACAGGGAUCUAUCAUAUUAAGCAUGGUGAUUCGCGAUCGCCCUACCGACCGAGACUUUGGCUACUGGUUCCACAAUGCGAUCCGUCUUGCCGCUAAGCUUGACCUACGCACCGCCUGUGCCCGAGGAGACAAACCCCGUGCAGUGUUAAAGCUGUACAGAAGGAUCUGGUGGGCUCUCUAUUCUUUAGAUAUUUUCCAUGUCUCUGUCAAUACCAGACGCUCGCGACUACUUGAAGACAGCUCCACCAUCAAUUCUAGGACGGAAGAUGACUGGGAAGAGGAUGUCUCGGAAACAUCAUCCGGCUUGAUAUCGCCAGCCACGCCUCAGCAAAGGGCCUUGCCUGUUGCCCACUGCGAGCUGUCUCGAAUAUUCGGACAGUGUCUGUCCAACAUGACAAACAAGCCGCAGCAGGAUCCUCGAAAAAUGCUGCACCCACUCGAUGCAUGGCGCAGGUCUCUCCCUUCCAAGAUGCAUUUAGAUGGAAACAUUGCAACCGACGUGUACUAUCUAACUAUCCAAGCCAUGAGCUACAGAUUUGAGUGCAUCUUAUCUCGUCUGAUACGACGCCGUUGGCAGCAUUCCCAAUAUGACGGGAGCGAGUGGGCCAAACAGCGGCUUCGGUCUGCGAUUCUGGAGCUGGACACGAUCACCAAGAGGGUGUUGGCGAGCGGUACCCUUCAGGACUUUCCCAUAUCCUUCAUAACCACCAUAACGGCACUGCUCGCUCUACACAUUGAAUCGGCCCUCGAUCCAGCCGAGACAGACCUCGUCCGCUCCAUGGCGCGGAUAUCCAUCAGCCAGACAAUGCUCGUUCUCACCCAGGGCAAAGAAAUACCAGCCCUGAAAAGAGCUCUGCCGUUAUUUGAAGAUAUUCUUGCGAGGAAGAAUUUGAACUUGGUUCCGCCCAAUAGUCUUGGUCAGGUACCUUCGCAGUCGCCGUCACACGACAAUAGUAUGGAGGAUCCGUACGCUUCGCCGCACACACCGGUCAGCGUGCCUCCAUCAUUGGAGCAGAGUGAGAAUAAUAUAUCGCUCUUUGAGGAUUUUCUGGGAUUUGAUAUAAUGGACGAAUGGCAGAUUGGGCAACUGGAUUUUACUGGUCCAAGUUGACAUUGUUUCCAUCUGUUCGCUUUUCUGUUUUCUUAGUGUGGUCAAUUCUGUCCGUGCCUGGUUAAUAUGAGAAAUAUAAGGC